AGAGAGAGAGAGAGAGAGAGAGAGAGAGACUGCUCUCCCUUCAGCGUUCCUUCCCUGGAGCCGAACUGCCCCUUCGCCCACCGGCUGUUCUGUCCCGGCUCUUCCGUCCCCACCUCCCUCCCUCCCUCCGGGACGCAGCAGCUGUUUCUCCCUAACGGCGCUCGUCCAAUAGCAAAGCCAGGCCCCGCCCCCUUUUUGGCCGAAGGGAGGGGGAGAGGAGCAGGAGUGGCGCUCACACGAAAGCCGGCAGCGGCGGGAAGCGGCGGUGUCUCUGUGAGCCUCCUCCUUUCUUGCCCUCGUCUAUCUACCUACCUCAAGGCAGAGCCCUCCAGAAGCAAGGAGAGAAGGAAGGAAGGCUUCCUUUCAGGGAGGCAGGGGGCUCUCGUCGUUUUCCCCCCCUUUUGGGAAGAAGAUGCACACGACGCAGAAGGACACCACGUACACCAAGAUCUUCGUCGGGGGCCUGCCCUACCACACCACGGACUCCAGCCUCCGCAAGUACUUCGAGGUCUUCGGGGAGAUAGAGGAAGCCGUCGUCAUCACCGACCGCCAGACGGGCAAGUCUCGCGGAUACGGAUUUGUGACGAUGGCUGACCGAGCUGCUGCUGAAAGGGCCUGCAAGGAUCCUAAUCCGAUCAUUGAUGGCAGAAAGGCAAAUGUGAACCUAGCAUACCUAGGAGCAAAACCAAGAAUAAUGCAGCCAGGUUUUGCCUUUGGUGUUCAGCAGCUUCAUCCGGCAUUAAUACAGAGGCCUUUUGGGAUCCCUGCUCACUAUGUAUAUCCACAGGCUUUUGUGCAACCAGGAGUAGUUAUCCCACAUGUCCAGCCUACUGCAGCUGCCGCCUCCACCUCACCUUACCUUGACUACACUGGAGCUGCCUAUGCUCAGUAUUCAGCUGCUGCUGCGGCCGCCGCAGCCGCUGCAGCCUACGACCAAUAUCCCUAUGCAGCUUCCCCUGCUGCUGCAGGAUAUGUCACAGCCGGGGGCUACGGCUAUGCAGUCCAGCAACCACUCACUGCAGCCACUCCUGGAACAGCUGCUGCAGCUGCUGCAGCUUUUGGGCAAUACCAGCCACAACAGCUGCAAACAGAUCGUAUGCAAUAGCGGAUGGACUCAUGAAGGAAGUUUUCUUUCUUAUUCAUUCUUUGUAGAAUUUUACCUUCCAGCCUUCCAAUAGAAAUAGUUGUACAAGAGGCAAUUAAUCAUAACUAAUCCAGCUUUAAGGAGAGCUACAAUGCAAUAUAGUAUUACAAAUAAAAGGAAAACAAAUGCCACUGUAUUCGUACAGUAUGCAUCCAUCUCAUGAGUAGUAUUCUGGGGUGGGCAUUGUAAGAGUAUCGUAUUGUCAGUCUAGCCAUCCUUCUAUCAGGAAAGGAUGAUAGAAGUAACAAAAGAAAGCUUAUAUCUUUAAAACAUACACAAAGAGAGUGAGGGUAGAUGGCGUGUUUUACAAUAUCAGGGAAAAAAAGUCCAGGUGAGCAAUACGUAGCCUAUAUCAAGUUGAAGAUUACUAUUAUUUAAAUGUCGAAAGCACUGACUGUCUUUUGCUACUUUUCAUUAUGGCCUAUAAAACUUUGGCGAGUAAGAACGUGUCUUCUGACGAUCUCAUAACGGGCAUCGAACAAACUAAGGAACGUGGCCUUUGGGGGAGAAGGGUGGACAGGCACCAAAGUUAUUUUUCUCAUCUGUCCUCUGUAUGAAUGGGACUAUGGAGCAAGUGGUGUGGAAUUAAUGGGUGCAACAGCUGUACAGACAAUCAAUAACACAGACCAUUCUGGAAAGAACACAUCACUUGUGCUCGUUUGAUGAGCUUGUCACAUUCUAAUCCCUCUCCCCAUCCUGUUUCACUUUUAGGAAACUUUGACUGCUGGCGUCAGCUAUUCUGAUUCUGAAAUAGGAUCAGCUUUUUACUACAACAGCCUUCUCUUUUUAUUUAUUGUAUCUAUUCAUGGCUUGCGAAUAAAGGCAGGAAGAAAUUUGCUGAAUUUAAACCUUUAAGAACUGUGGUAAGGGAUUUUUUUUGGGGGGGGAGGGAAUGAUUUGUAUACAAUUUAAUACCUAUUUAAAAGUAUUUAUUUGCAAAAGAGGUCUUUUUCAUGAAAUAACUUGUUGAGAUUGCAGUUCUUCAAGGGUUAAUACUAUGUGGGUUAUAUUGUGCCUUAAUGUAAUGCUAUUUAAAGAUAUAUUUAUUUUGAAAGUUGUACUGUGCUGCGCUCGAAAGGAAACAACGUUGGAUGUGAAACUGUAAAAUUAUGUAUUCAUCUCAUGGUAUAAGUUAUUUUGUAGGUUUAGCAGUAGUAUAUAAAAUAUUAACCUAAUCAACUAAGGAUGCUGACAUGGGUUUAUUUAAAUUCAGUAAGUACACCCUUUCAUAAGGGUGCUUUAAAAAUACUUUUUAAAAAGGGUUUGAUCUUAAAAAUGCUAGUUUCAUGAUUUUCCCUCUAUCUCCUUAACUGUUAACCUGCUUUCUUGGAUUUUCAGGAGAACUUAUUUCUCUGAGAGAGGGAAAUGGUAAAGGAUUGGGCCAUAAAACUCCGCAUACCUGCUCAGGAAUAAGUUCUGAUAAACGUGCUUCUCUUGUCUAUACGGAAGCAGUUCUGUGAGGUCUGGUCUCACCAAUAACAUCUGCAAAUGGGAAUCGUAUUAAUCAGAUUAAUUAUGUGGGAAAUUACCACAUGAUUUGUCUGGUUCAUGGAAGUUCCUAUUUAUAGACAACAUGGGGCCACUUGGGAAUGCACUGACAGAAACAGUUCCCAUGCCACAACAGUAGCAUUUAAUUGGGCCACUGAUCUUGAUGUGGCUUAAUCCCAACCAGAUUAGGAAGAUUGGGUCUGAAGUCCCAGUUUUAAUUGUGGACAAAACAAACAAUCCUCACAUAACAUCAUCCACAUAAUGUAUUUCUGGUGGGUUGUCAGUAUUUUCUCCUACCGAAAAAAAGGGUAAUUUUUCACUUUCAUCUCUGUAUAAACCAACUAUUAUUCCUUUGCUAGGAAAUGCUGCUUUACAUUGUCCUGUGAAACUGCAAUAACUUGCAUUUUUUUAUUUUUGACCUAAAAAAGGAAUUUAAUAUUUUACACUGUAUUGGAAUCUUUUUAUACUUGAACAAUUUUCAUACAAGGGAAGACAGGAUAGCAUUUUUAUGGACUUUGUCCGAUGUCACUGGAUUUAUUUUGAACACUAGCCAGUGUUAUAUAAGGUAGAUAACAUGACUCACAUGUUGUUUAUUAUGUAUAUUGCUUUAUAAUGUUUCAAAUCUUCUAACCUAUACUCUUGUAUUUAAAAGAAAACAAUAAAAUGCUAUUGAAUCCAACACA